AUGUAGGAAGACAAUCAGUGGGAGGAAGUGAAUCCAGAGUUUGGUAGGAGCAGAGCGGCUGAAAACUCUCUGCUGUCCGCGGUCUGCCACUUUUAAAUCGCGAGGAGACGUCGCUUGUCCAAGCGGACUUGCCGUACUUCCUGGGCGAAACCUGCACUUCCGCGUCGCUCCACCGCGGACGCGAAACGAAACGAGUCUUUCCAAAAGAGUCGUGAACGGACCUGAGCGGGAAGCGGCAACGCGGGACGUCCGCCGCCGUCCUCAAGGCAUCGUUUGGGAAAUCGUCGCGGCCAGACACGAUCGCGCGAGGGCGCCUGGAAGCUUCUUGGGCCCGGCUUAGCUUCCCGGACGAGCCGCUCACAAAAGAGAGGGAGGCAUCGCGGAGAUCGAGUGGGAGUGUUCCUUGUUGCGAUUGCCGCGUGCCGAUGGGUGCCAAAAGAGAGAAAAGGGAAGAGUGCGAGGAGGACAUCGGCGGCACGAAAAAGGAGAAGGAGCCGCGAGCUCGGCCGCUCCAGCAGCCUCGUCAGCAGCCUCGUCUCGUGUUCCCCGGAGAAGACGUCAGCGACGAUCUUGACCCCGUGCGGACAGAGCUGGAGUCUCCCCGCAUCAAAGAGGAGCAGGAAGAAGGGGAAGCCCCUCACCCUAAGGAGGAAGAAGAGGAAGUGCUCCUCCACGUGAAAGCGGAGGACGAGGGGCCACAUUGGUCUUCCCUCCAAGAAGGCGAGGUGGAUGCAGUCACCAAGAGGCCAAUGAGUUUUGUCCAUUUGAAGAGCGAAGAGGAGGGAGACCCGGUCCCGGUUGGAAGUGAGGAGGGCGGAGGGAGCAGCAGCUUGACGGAAGGUGACUGGGGAGGAGCACAAGCAGACGGCCUCUUAGCUCCACUGUCCGACGACGACCUAACGUCGCCCUCUCCUGACACGGAGAAUGAAGAACGCUCACAAAGUGACGCCACGUGUCCCACCGACAACCGAAGCACGGAAUGUUCUCGUUGUGGCAAAACGUUGAGUUCAAAGUGGAAUUUGAAGUUACACAUGAGGACGCACACCGGGGCGAAACCUUUUGCCUGCUCAGUUUGCGGGCAAAGAUUCACUCAGAAGGGUCAGGUGAGGAUGCACGCCCAAAUACACACCGGGGAGAAGCCUUUCGCCUGCUCGGUUUGUGGCAAGAGCUUCCUCCGGAAGCAAAGUUUAGCGACGCACACGCGAGCGCACACCGGAGAGAAACCCUUUGCCUGUUUACUUUGUCCGAAAAGAUUCUUCAUCAAGGGACAUUUGACGAGGCACACGCGGAUACACACCGGAGAAAAACCUUUCGCCUGCUCACUUUGCGGCGAAACCUUCUCUCAAACGGAAAGUCUAACAAUCCACACAAGGAAGCACACUGGGGAGAAAUCUUUGGCUUGCUCAGUUUGUGGCAAAAUAUUCUUUCUGAAGACAAGUUUAAGGGUGCACGAAAAGACACACGCUGGAGAAAAGCCUUUCCCCUGCUCAGUCUGCGGGAAAAGAUUCUCGGGAAAGCACAUUUUGACAACCCACUCAAGGACACACACGGGAGAGAAACCGUUUGCCUGUUCGGUUUGCGGGAAGAGCUUCUCUUUGAAAGGACAGCUGGUGAGCCACAACAAAACACACACCGGAGAGAAACCUUUCCCGUGCUCGGUCUGUGGGAAAAGAUUCUCCAGAAAGGGACGCUUAGCGAGUCACUCCAGACAGCACACUGGAGAGAAACCGUUCAGUUGCAGCGUGUGCACCAAACGUUUCUUUAACAAGAUAGAUGUGAAGAGACACAAAUGCCGCGGCGGUAAACUCGACAGCUUCGUGGCCGGUGAACCAAGGAAGGCGUUUGUUGGCAACACAUCGCGAAGGAACGAUCGGGUGCGCGUGAAGUGUUGGCACAGUUGUCUGAAAAUGUGUUCAAGAGGCACGACGCGGUGCGAGGAGGAAGUUUGCGCAAGAAAAGAGGAGGAAGAUCGGCGAGCUUUCAAGCAACAUCCAGUUGUGGUCCAUGCAGCAGACGUCGCUGAAGGAGUUCUUCGUCCUCAGCAGCAGGAGCUGCGUUGCCUGCACAUCAAACUGGAGGAGGAGGAGGAGGAGCCACAGCCUCGCCACGUUAAAGAGGAAGAGCAAGAGGAUGAAAUCGCAGCUUUUCAGUUGACUGACGUCAACGUGAAGGCCGAAAGUGAGGGAGAACACUGUGGACGAUCACAGGCCAACGGUCUGGUGCCCCCACUCUCAGAAAGCGACGACGUCACGUCACAAUCUUCUGGUCAUGACGAGGAGGAGGAGGAUGAUGAUGAGCGCAACAAAGGAGACGUGGCGAACCACGCUGGCAACAAACGGGUGAAAUGUGCUCACUGUGACAAAACCUUUGUCUACAAGUCCAGGUUGAAGAGACACUUGAGAACACACACUGGAGAAAAACCCUUUGCCUGUUCCCUUUGUGACAAAAGAUUCUCACUCAAGGCCCAUUUGACAGCGCACACCACAACGCACACCGGAGAGAAACCCUUUGCCUGCUCAGUGUGUGAUCAAAGAUUCUCUCGAAAAGAACAUUUAACGAGGCACACCAAAAGACAUAAUGGAGAGAAACCUUUCACCUGCUCAGUUUGCGGCAAAAGAUUCUCCGAAAAGACACAUUUGAAAAUACACACGGGAACCCACACCGGCGACAAACCGUUUGCCUGCUCGGUUUGCGGCAAAAGCUUCACCCUGAAUUCGCUCUUAACGAGGCACACGCAAACACACACGGACGAAAAACCUUUUGUCUGCUCGGUGUGCGGGAAACGAUUCGGUCACAAGGGAGACUUAACGAAACACACGAGAACGCACGCGGAGGAGAAACUGUUUGUUUGCUCGGUUUGUGGGAAAAGAUUCACCCUGAAGGAAGGCUUGACAAAACACGCGAGAACGCACAGCGGAGAAAAACCUUGCGCUUGCUCAGUUUGCGGUCAAAGAUUCUCCGAGAAGGCCCGCCUGACGAGACACGCGAGAACGCACACGGGGGAAAAACCUUUUGCCUGCUCAGUGUGCGGCCAAAGAUUCUCAGAGAAAGCCCGUUUGACGAGACACGCACGAACGCACACCGGGGAGAAGCCUUUUGCUUGCUCCAUUUGUCGGAAAACCUUCAACCGAAAGACAACGUUGAAAGCGCACGCGAGAACGCACACCGGCGAGAAACCCUUUGCCUGCUCCAUUUGCGGGCAAAGGUUCUCCACCAACGGAAAUUUAACGAGCCACGUGAGAAGGCACGAUGGGGAGAAGCCCUUCACCUGCUUGUUUUGUGGCAAAACGUUCAGCGAGAAGGGACUGUUAAAAAUACACACCCGAAAACACACCGGAGAGCAGCCGUUUGCGUGCGCGGUUUGUGGCAAAAAAUUCUCUCAGAGGGCCGAAUUGACGAAACACGCGCGGACGCACACCGGGGAGAAGCCUUUUGCCUGUUCCGUGUGCGGGAAAAGAUUCAACGAGAGCGGACAUUUGACGAGGCACGCGCGGACGCACACGGGCGAGAAACCGUUCGUGUGCUCGCUUUGUGGCAAAGGCUUCACGGAGAACGGUCAUUUAAGGAGACACGCCAGAACGCACGGCCAAGAGCGGACGCUCACCUAACGCCUAAAGAUUCCGCGGAGACGAUCGGCCCGAAGACACACGCGCGUGCCGCUGACAAGAGCGGCGCUCACUGAAACGCAAGAAACGCAAGAAACGGAAGCCGUGUUAGGACGAGGUCAAAGGUUUCAUCACUGCCAUCCACUGUCGACAGCACAAUGCUCAAAAGCACCUGGUGUCACUCGUCUUUGAUUGGAAUGGGAAGAGCCUCGAAGUGCCCUCUAGUGGCCCACUGUGAGGUUGCGGCAUUCUCUUGAGGAAACCGACGAGGCUCCGACUUGAGUCAGCCGCGCCGCUUCUUGAGUCGGCAAACGUGGUGAAAUAUUGAUCUGCUCUUUGCCUCCACGAGCUCACCUUGACCAUUGGAACCUUCUCAACCCGCCUUCUGCGUUUCUCCGGCAUACCUGCUGUGUUUUGCUCAAUGCCUUGCCAACUCAUGAGGUGAAAUUUUUCAUUUCGUUUUUUUUUGGGGGGGGGGCGGGAGUACAAACAUGUGGUUGUCAUCAAGUUGGUUGUAUUCUUAAUUUCAUCCUUUUUGCUUCAUUAAACAUGGAAAACAACA